CGAGUCCCUUUAAUAAUCAGUUAGCAGCCUGGCUGCCUGCCUGUGUCUGUUCGACCUGUUGUUGCCAAUAACCCUCCUCAACCGCGAUAUCGUGUUUGCAAUUUAUUCCUCUUGCCAGACCAUGCAGACUACCUCCUGUGAGAAAAGUAUAGACCACUUGUAGGUGUGUUCAAUAUCUUAGAAAAACAGUGUUUUGGUUUGAGGUAACGCAGUUGAUCACUCCUUGAACGGGUCUGUUUUACCAGAAGAUAAACACCACCCUCCAUUUGUCUAUUAACAUUCGGCCAACUGCAACAUCUGGCACAUCUAGCAUUCAAGAAGGUACGCGCAGCCAAUAUAAAGGCACUUUCAACAAAGGCUGAGUUUUUCAUGAGGUAGAGGCAAGUGCUGAGUCAUGGCGAGUGUUGCAACACGCACUGUGUUGAUAACUGGAGCUAACAGAGGCCUGGGCUUGGAAAUGGUUAAACAAAUGGUUGAAGGUCCCUCGCCCUUGCCAUAUUUGUUUGCCUGUUGCAGAGAACCGGAUGGACCCAGAGGAAAGGAAUUGCAAGCACUGGCCAAGAGCCACCCUGAUGCGAUCACCGUCAUUCAACUAGAUGUCGCCGACCUCUGCAGCAUAAAAAAGUGUGCGGAGAGGGUAGGCUCCCUGGUGGGGCCAGGGGGCCUCAACCUGUUGAUCAACAAUGCAGCGGUUCUUUUCCAUGGCACUUUUCAGAGCACCAGUCCAGAGGACAUGCUAACUACCUUCAACACCAACGUCAUUGGCCCAAUGAGCCUCACUAAAGUGAGGGCAGGAGGGAGGAAGUUCUUACGGCUGUAUUUCUACAUAGUGAUGGAGCUCCUCCCUCACCUACGAGCAGCAGCUUUGGCCAGCAGGACACCAGGGAUGUCUUGCAGUAAAGCAGUCGUGGUCAACCUCUCUAGCAUGGCUGGAAGCAUGACCGGUACUCCUGAAAGCUACAGCAGGUUCCCUGUGAUGUCGUACCGCAUCAGCAAGGCGGCUUUGAACAUGCUGACCAUCUGCUCUGCCUUAGAGUUCCAGAAGGAUAACAUCUUGUCUGUUCUCCUGCACCCUGGCUGGGUGAGAACCGACAUGGGCGGAAAAGAGGCGGACAUUGACAAGCUAGAAAGUGUAGGAGGCCUGCUAAGCGUGAUCGAUUCCCUGACGGAGAAGCACAAUGGAGCCAUCCUGGACUAUAAUGGUGUGUCAUUGCCAUGGUAGUCCUACAUAUAUAGCUCCAUUGUUGGAUGCUGAGUGUAUAUUCCAUGUUAUUAUUAUCUUUUACAAUACUUAAAACUUUAUAAUCACAUGUGUAAUACCAAUUUGUACAACUAUAACAUGAGUCUAAUGCUCAUGUCAUCAUUGGCUAUUGGCUAUAAGCAUUGUUUUAUAAUAACAUCUGAAUAAACUUUUAAACUUAAAAUCCUAAGAGUUUAAGUGUAUGUUUACCAGCAGGUGGUGCUGUUUAACUUGACUAUAUCAUAAAAGUGAACAUGUCUCCAUGAAUAUUGUUCAUUAUUUCUCAUUGCUUCUUCCAUCCCCUGGCUUCUUAAUAUCGCUAGAUGCUUAAUGUGAUUCUGAGGAAGAAUUAAACGUAUUCUUCUUUGCCAGUGUUGGUAGUUACUCAAAAAAAAGUAAUUAGAUACUUAUUACUGGUUACUUCUGUAAAUUGUAAUGAGAUUACUUUACUAGUUACUGCAUUUGAAAAGUAACUUCACUACUUAUUACUUCACUUUCCCGUUUCUUAAUUUACUGUAGAUACAUGGACAAACAUCAUAGCCCUAUCAUCACUUAGGGCCCUAUUUUUAACGGUCUGAAACGCAAGUGAGAAGCGCCAAGCGCAAGUAGCUUUGUGGGCGGUUCUAUGGCGAUGUCGCUAGUUUACCGGCGCAAAAAAUGACUCUUGCGUCCAGCACAAAUCUAAAAAGGGUUGGUCUGAAGUAGCCUAAUUACCUGUGGGUGUGGUUUGGGCGUAACGUGCAAUAAACCAAUGAGAGUGCCAGCUCCCAUCCCCCAUGAGUGCAUUUGAAUCUGACGAGUUGAUAUUUUGACAGCGGGUAUGCAGUCUCAGAUGAGACGGAUGCACAUGAAUUUCAAACUUCAAAUGGCUCAGUUUAUGGCCAAAUAAAAUGGCCUAAUUCACACAUGGAAUAAGGUUUUCUUCCACAGUCCUCAAAUAAAUUUCGGCAAAGCAAACUUGUAUGAUAUAAAAGAUGAUAUGCGGUAACUGUGGUUCUAUUUAAUGAUACACGCAAUGCAUUAUAAACAUUUUUUCUUAUCAGUAUUGUAUGCAUUAUCGUUAUCAACUUGUGUUCCUAAUAUGUGCGUCCCCCCCGUUAAUAUACAUUGCCAUGGACUGUAUUAUGCGUUACGUGUUUAGUUUGCGUGUGUUUAAACAGAUUGACGCACACGCAUUCAUUAAUUAUUUUACACAUACACCCACGCGUGCCCGCAUUCAUUCAUUCUUUUUAACACUCACUCGCGGUAAAACAAAGUUUUCUCACGAUCAAAUACUCAUCAAUCCUAAAAGUUAUGGGCAUGUACACAAUGUCUGUCAAGAAAAUAUGUGUUUGCUGUACGGUGUUUGCAGAUGCAUUGAUUUAAAAGUACAACUUAUUACAACUUUAUCAGCUGUUCUUUCCCAAAUAAUUUACCAAGAAUGUCUGGCUAGGUAGAUGAGAGAAGCAAAGUGUAUACAGGAGGUGCACAAGCAACAUUAUGCAUGCGCCCUUAAAAUAGCAUCUGAACAACGCACCACUGACUUUAUACCAGGUAUUUCCUGGUUUGUGGCGCAAGUGGUUUCUGAAACUGCAAAAUAGCACCAGGGAACGUUUGCGCCAGAACACGCCUCCUCCUUUCGCCAAACCGGCCCUUGGGGCGCAAGAUCAUUCCCUAAUUUACCGACGCGUGGCGGUGGAGGGAGAAGAACGCUCUGCGCCAGUUGCAAACUAGCAACGACACAUGCGCCAGUGAUUAAGUCAAUUGCGCCGGAUGCAAGAUAGGGCCCUUAGUGUUUAUUGUCUUCCUCUCACCCUCUUGCAGGCAAGAGCAGCCUUAUCACGUUUUAA